CCACAUGUCCAACCCUCCAAAAGACUUUAGCUCUUCGGGGAACAAAUGGGUUUCCCUUUUUUUCAUGAGAGCCCGUUUACCUUCAGUCUGAGUCUACUGGGCGGAGAGAGCAAGGAGUUUGUUCACGAAGAAUCAAGUUGAUUUUUUUUUUUUUAGCUCAUGGCAGUGCAGAAAACAUAAAUAACAAUAAUCUGGAUUGUGGAAGGGAACGAAUACGAAAAUAAAACGCACGUUUAAACACAGUUGAGGGCGCCGGCCAUGGAUAAGGAAAGGUGGUCCACAAGAUGGAAAACGAAAAAGUGGAACUCCGCUAUAACUGUAUUCAUCAGUUUAGCAUUUGUCCUACAGGCAGCAGAUGUGAGCGCAGCUGAUCCAGUGGAUGUGCUCAAGAUCUUAGACUUUAAAAGUUCACCUGAAGGAGUGAAGAAAGCACAAGGCUUCUGCACCAUCCGGAGAGGAUCCAAACCAGAUGUUGCCUACCGAGUGGACAAACGGGCUCAACUCAGCACCCCAACCAAACAGCUCUUCCCAGAAGGCGUAUUCCCUCAGGAUUUCUCCAUUCUUAUGACUAUCAAACCCAAGGCAGGAACGCAAUCCUUCCUGUUGUCGUUAUACAACGAGCAGGGCAUCCAGCAGCUGGGUGUGGAGGUGGGCCGCUCUCCGAUCUUAUUGUAUGAGGAUCAGCAUGGGAAGCCCGCUCCUGAGGAUUAUCCCCUGUUCCGUGCCAUAAACCUAGCAGAUGGAAAAUGGCAUCGUGUGGCUAUUAGCGUUGAGAAGAAGACCGUCACAAUGAUUGUGGACUGUAAGAAGAAGAUCUCAAAACCACUCAGCAGAAGUGACCAUGCAAUCAUUAACACUGAUGGCAUUGCUGUAUUUGGUACCAGAAUCCUGGACGAAGAAGUAUUUGAGGGUGACAUCCAGCAGCUUCUUUUGGUGGCGGACCCUCGAGCAGCCUAUGACUACUGUGAACACUACAGCCCAGACUGCGAAACCCCCCACCAGGACACACCACAGGCUCAGGAGCCCGAGGAGGAGUACAAUACUGAAUACACGGAUUAUAAUGAGUUCUAUGACUACACAGAAGGAUUGCCUGCCACUGAAAUUCCCACAACGGAGGUCAAUACAGAUACCAAGCCCAGCACUGUUGAAGGUGACUACUAUGUUGAGCAGGACUAUGGCACUGAGCCCCCUCCUGUUUCUCUUCCUGCCAAUGAGCAGAAUCCAUUGAACAAAGAGGAAAUUGUUGAUGACUACAUUACAGGAGUGGACGAAGUUGGAGUGGAUCCCACUGUUGUAACAAAUGAGGAAGUGGAUAUUGAUGAGUCCAAAGGCACUAAUACCGAUGAGAAUCAUGACUUUAAGGAAUACGAUAUUAAUGAGUAUGAGGCAAAAGAGUUAAACCCCACCAAUUAUGAUGAUUCAUUCUAUGACUAUAAUACCUAUGGAGCAAAACCCACUGGUUUGCCCUACGAGGAUGAGUUCGGACCAGGCCGGCCUGCUGAAACAGAGGUCACAGAGAGUAAUGUUGGUGGUGGCUAUGGUGGUGAGAAGGGGCAAAAAGGUGAACCUGCAGUCAUUGAGCCGGGGAUGCUUAUAGAGGGACCCCCAGGACCACCAGGGCCUGCUGGCCUUCCUGGCACACCAGGUACACAAGGCUCCCCAGGCUCACACGGAGAUCUAGGUGAAAGAGGCCCUCCUGGUCGUCCUGGUUUACCAGGCGCCGAUGGAGCUCCGGGACCCUCUGGCACCAUCCUAAUGUUACCGUUCCGUGCUGGUGGAGAAGCUUCAAAAGGUCCAGUGGUGACAGCACAAGAAGCUCAGGCCCAAGCCAUCCUCGCCCAGACCCGGCUGACCAUGAGGGGGCCACCUGGUCCAAUGGGAUUGACAGGACGCUCCGGCCCUGUGGGUGGUCCUGGUGCGCCUGGUGCAAAAGGAGACAGCGGAGAUCCUGGCCCACAGGGACCAAGAGGACUUCAAGGCUCUAAUGGACCACCUGGCAAAACAGGCAAGCGGGGCCGAAAUGGAGCCGAUGGAGCUAGAGGAAUUCCUGGUGAAGCCGGAGGAAAGGGGGACCGAGGAUUUGAUGGCCUUCCUGGUCUACCUGGUGAGAAGGGACACAGGGGUGAGCAUGGUCCCAUCGGUCUGCCAGGCCCUCCGGGAGAGGACGGACCAAGGGGUGAGGACGGCGAGAUCGGACAGAGGGGAAUGCCAGGAGAGGGUGGUCCAAGAGGACUGCUUGGCCCCAGAGGAGCUUCUGGUACCCCUGGACAGCGUGGUCUUCCUGGAUUGGAUGGACCACCUGGCCCUAAAGGAAACUUGGGUCCUCAAGGAGAGCCUGGACCCCCUGGUCAACAGGGUAACACCGGUCCACAUGGUCUGCCUGGUCCUCAAGGUCCGAUUGGUCCACCUGGAGAGAAAGGUCCUGGAGGGAAACAGGGCCUGCAUGGGUUGGCCGGGGCUGAUGGGCCUCCUGGUCACCCUGGGAAAGAGGGACCUGCCGGGGAAAAAGGAGCAGCUGGCCAAACAGGUCCCCAUGGGUCCAUUGGCUAUCCCGGCCCUCGUGGUGUGAAGGGUGCCGAGGGCGUGCGUGGUUUGAAGGGCCACAAAGGCGAGAAGGGAGAGGAUGGUUUUCCUGGGUUCAAGGGUGACAUGGGCAUCAAGGGAGACAAGGGAGAGAGUGGUGUGUUGGGGUCCAGAGGAGAGGACGGACCGGAGGGGCCGAAAGGUAAAUCGGGGCCCAGUGGAGAGAUUGGACCUAUGGGCAUGGCAGGAGAGAAGGGAAAACUUGGUGUUCCAGGAUUGCCUGGCUACCCAGGAAGACUAGGUCCUAAGGGCUCUAAUGGUUUUGCUGGCUUCCCUGGAGCCAAUGGAGAGAAGGGAGGAAGGGGUAUUGCUGGCAAAGCAGGUCCAAGAGGACAACGAGGUCCAACGGGUCCCCGUGGUGGAAGAGGAGCCAGGGGUCCAACAGGAAAACCUGGACCAAAGGGAACAUCAGGAAAUGAUGGACCUCCUGGUGGUCCAGGAGAAAAAGGACCCCAAGGACCUCAGGGCCCUGUUGGAUUACCAGGCCCUAAAGGCCCAAAUGGACCUCCUGGAAAGGAUGGAUUGCCUGGUCACCCUGGACAGAGAGGAGAGACUGGUUUCCAAGGAAAGACUGGACCUCCUGGACCUGGAGGUGUUGUUGGCCCACAGGGUUCAACGGGAGAAACUGGGCCUGUUGGAGAGAGAGGACAUCCUGGAUCACCGGGACCCCCUGGAGAGCAAGGUCUUCCUGGAGCUGCUGGAAAAGAAGGUGGAAAGGGUGAUCCAGGUCCUCAGGGGGUUCAUGGCAAGCCUGGUCCUGCUGGGUUGAAAGGUUUCCCAGGACAAAGAGGUCUUCCUGGUGCAGCGGGUCAAGGUGGUCUGAAGGGAGGCGAGGGUCCGCAGGGUCCACCAGGCCCCAUUGGGUCACCAGGAGAGAGAGGAGCAGCUGGACCAGGAGGACCCAUUGGUCUAACUGGACGCAAUGGCCCUCAGGGACCCCCAGGACCUGCUGGAGAAAAGGGUGGUCCGGGCGAGAAAGGACCUUCUGGUCCUGCCGGUCGUGAUGGCAUCCAAGGUCCAGUUGGUCUUCCGGGCCCAGCCGGGCCUCAGGGUCCACCUGGAGAGGAUGGUGACAAGGGAGAGGUUGGUGAGCCCGGUCAAAAGGGAAGCAAAGGUGACAAGGGUGAACAUGGUCCCCCAGGUCCAGGAGGUCCUCAGGGUGUCGUUGGAGCUCCAGGUCCUGCUGGAAGUGAUGGCGAGUCAGGACCCAGAGGUCAACAGGGUAUGUUUGGGCAGAAGGGAGAUGAAGGGCCUCGUGGUUUCCCAGGUCUUCCAGGUCCCAUUGGACUGCAGGGUUUGCCAGGACCGCCAGGAGAAAAAGGAGAGAAUGGAGAUGUUGGCUCAAUGGGGCCACCUGGUCCCCCUGGUCCCAGAGGUCCUCAAGGUCCUAGCGGGGCAGAUGGAGCACCAGGCCCUCCCGGGGGUAUCGGUCCCAUGGGUGGAAAUGGUGAAAAGGGUGAGACUGGUGAGGCAGGUAACCCAGGACCAUCAGGAGAGCCUGGUCCAGGAGGACCCAAAGGUGAGGUUGGAGAGAAGGGAGAAGCCGGCCCUCCUGGAGCUGCAGGACCCGCUGGUGCAAGAGGACCUCUCGGAGACGAUGGCCCCAAAGGAAACCCAGGUCCUAGUGGCUUCCCCGGUGACCCAGGUCCCCCUGGUGAGCCAGGUGUUGGUGGACUGGAUGGCCUUCCUGGAGACAAGGGAGAUGAUGGAGAGGCCGGUCAACCUGGUCCAUCUGGUCCAUCUGGUGAAGCCGGUCCUCCUGGGCCCCCUGGAAAACGGGGUCCCGCCGGCCCAGCUGGAACAGAAGGCAGGCAAGGAGAGAAGGGUGCAAAGGGUGAGGCUGGUGCUGAGGGACCAGUGGGUAAAACUGGUCCUGUGGGCCCCCAGGGGCCUCCUGGAAAAUCUGGAACUGAGGGGUUACGUGGGAUCCCUGGGCCUGUGGGUGAGCAGGGACUUCCUGGAGCUGCUGGCCAAGAUGGUCCUCCUGGACCACUGGGUCCUCCUGGUCUUCCUGGCCUGAAAGGUGACCCUGGUACUAAGGGUGAGAAGGGUCAUCCAGGUCUGAUUGGUCUGAUUGGCCCUCCUGGUGAGCCGGGCGAGAAGGGUGACAGAGGACUGCAGGGACUUCAGGGACUUGGUGGAGGCAAGGGUGACGCUGGUUCCGUUGGUGCUUCUGGUCCACUUGGUCCCCCUGGUCCUCCUGGUAUUCCUGGCACACAAGGACAGAAGGGAUCCAAAGGAUCAACUGGUACAGCUGGCCAGAAGGGAGAACCUGGCUUAAUGGGACCACCAGGUCCUCCUGGCUCACCCGGGGACCUAAUCCAGCCCCUCCCCAUCCAGAUGAAUAAAAGAUCUAGGAGAUCACCUGACAUGCAGGACGAUGAUGCAGCAGGAAUUAUGGAUUAUGGCGUGGAGGGAAUGGAGGAUGUGUUUGGCUCCCUCAGCAACCUCAAGCAGGACAUUGAACGCAUGAAGUUCCCACUGGGAACCCAAGACAACCCAGCCAGAACCUGCAAAGACCUGCAGCUCAGUCAACCAGACUUCCCUGAUGGAGAAUACUGGAUCGAUCCCAAUAUGGGAUGCAUAGGAGACACCUUCAAAGUGUACUGUAACUUCACAGCGGGAGGAGAAACUUGCAUCUACCCCGAUAAGAAAUCCUCAGGGGUUAGGGUAUCAAACUGGCCAAAGGAGUCCCCAGGAUCAUGGUUCAGUGAAUUCAAGCGUGGAAAAAUCCUGUCCUAUGUUGAUGUUGCGGAGAGCUCCAUAAACUCAGUCCAGAUGACUUUCCUCAAGUUGCUCAGCUCUUCUGCCAGGCAGAACUUCACUUAUAUAUGCCAUCAGUCUGUGGCUUGGUAUGAUGCCAAAGUGGACACCCAUGACAAGGCACUGCGCUUCCUGGGCUCUAAUGAUGAGGAAAUGUCCUAUGACAACAACCCCUUCAUCAAGGCUCUUUCAGAUGGCUGCUCACUGAAGCAGGGCUAUUCCAAGUCUGUGAUGGAAAUUAAUACUCCACGCAUUGACCAAGUGCCCAUCAUUGAUGUCAUGUUGAAUGACUUUGGGGGUACUAAUCAAAGGUUUGGGUUUGAGGUAGGCCCUGUCUGCUUCCUCGGCUAAAGGACACCUACCUUUACAGCAAAGGUCAAGAAGUGUGGCCAGGCAAGAGCCCCCCCAUACCCUCCUUGUGCCACAAACACCAGCACCCACACUGUGUAAUCUUCUAUGGAAUAGUCAUCGCCCUGGUGGGGUCCCAAUCACCUGAUUGAAAACUGCUAUUGGAGUAAAGUUGUGAGAAAGGAUGUGAACUGCCUGGUGGGCAGUGGUGCAAUUUCAGGAGAAGAAUGACCCAUUCCUUUACCUUCUCACCACCCUUCCCAGCCUAGAACCUGUUGGAUCCUUGUCCCAUUUCCAAACUCCUUAUUUUAGUCCCAAUUAUAAUCCUUAAUGGAAUCCUUAAUUCAUCACAAUCCCUCCCUAAAUCCCAAUCCUGAAAAUGUUUGCAAAUCCCAUUCCUACUCCUAAUCCCUGUAUACUUUAUGGAUCCUCCUCCAGGUGCUGCUCAAGAAAGACAACCACAGUGGUGUGCUCUUGUUCUAAACACCCAAACAAACAUUUAAGGUGCUAUUGAAAGUGCAUUUUUUUGAUAAAACUGUAAUUAUUGUUUUGCACAAUACUGUUCUUUCUCAAUUGCCUUUAAAAUAUUGCAUGUGUAUCAGAAUUGAAAUGAUAAAAUAUUGGUAUCUAUAAAGAGACUUUCCUCUAAAUAUUUUUUUUUCAUUGUUUUUUGUUUUGUGAAAACCACCAGUGAAACAGCAUUCUUUACAAGAUGUCAAUCAAUUAAGUGUCCCUGUCAACUAUAAAAUAAAACAAGUCUUUCAAACCAUCCCUAUUUGUAAUUAUAAAGCAUCCCUUUUGUAAAUAUUGACCAAUUUAAGCACUAUGAGGAUCCACUCUAUCCAGGAUUAUACGGGCAUUUACCUAUGUCUAAUUUUGAGUGAAGGAUUGACUGAAACUGAGUUGUCUCACUGUCACUUUGAGAUCAGAAGAUUUCCACUAGCUUGUUAUGUUCACAAGUGGUAGCAAUGAUGCUGUGGUAAUCAAUGACUCAGCAAUGCUAAAGAAACUUGAUGAAAAGUAGCUCGAUGUCAGAUUGAAUUCCUUCACAGUAUACCUCAAUCUCUUAAAAAGAAGUGUCAAAUUCAAAGAUGUUCAACCCUGUAUAUACAGAGCCUUAUUUAGAUAAUCAAGUUUAUAUAUUAGGCAGGGAAUCUUGAAAUGGAAAAAGGCUUUUUGUUAAACUUUUGGUUAUUUUGUGGUUGCUUAAAUUAACCCUUUUAGACAGAAAAUGAAAACAACAAAACUACUUUGAGCUGCUUUUCAGCUGUUCUGGAGAGUAUUGUAUUCAACGUGAUAAUUGUUUACUUUUGAAUCAUGUGACUCAUUCCUGUGUGAUUCAGUCAGUCAUGCUCUUUACUGUGCUGUAUGUCCAAAAGCUUAUUGCAUUCUAGAACUUCAUAUUUAAAGAUUUCUGUGGUAAAAUGUGUUCAUGUCUGUGUGGUUUUGUUACAAUGCUGUUCUUUUGUUUGCUUAACUUUCUUUUGCCUCCAUUGUGUUUGCAGUUCUGUCUGUGCCCCUGAAAACCCUUCAAAUAUAUGACAGUAGACUUACACAUCUGUGUUACAUAUAAUUUAUGUAAAACUUGGAAUAAAUUAUCGCUACAUUGUAAUGAUCUACUCCAUUUAAUUUUUGAUUGAACCAUCAACCAUCCCUGAGCAAAACCAUUCUG